UAAAACCCUCGGCCAGCCUCCUCGGCAGUCGCCCGCCCGUAGUGCAUCUCCAUUCAUAUCUCUCCGCGCGCGCGAGCUUCGUCGUCGAGGUCGCCACGUAGUAGGCAGCAAGGGAAUCGGGGAGGUAGCAAGCGCGUCGAAUCCGGCGGCGAUGACGAUGCUGGGAGUACAGCAGCCGGCGGCGGCGGUGUUCGGGGACACGACGCUGACCAAGGUGUUCGUGGGCGGGCUAGCCUGGGAGACCCACAAGGACACCCUCCGCGAGCACUUCCACCGCUUCGGCGACAUCCUCGAGGCCGUCAUCAUCUCCGACAAGCUCACCGGCCGAUCCAAGGGAUACGGAUUCGUGACGUUCAAGGAGGCGGAGGCGGCGAAGAAGGCGUGCGAGGACGGCACGCCGGUCAUCAACGGCCGCCGCGCCAACUGCAACCUCGCCUCGCUCGGCGCCAAGCCGAGGGCCCAGCAGCCGCCGCCGCACCUCCUGCGCCCCUCGCCGCCCACCACCCCGGGGCCGCACCACAUGCCCGCGCUCCCCUCCCCGCACCACCAGCCCGCGCCAGCCAUCGCGGUGGGGUCCAGGGGCGUCUCGCCGGUGCCGUGGUACUACCACCCCUCCACCACGCCGCCGCAGGCCGCGCACUACGCCGCCCACCAGCAGUACCACGGCGUGCUCCCGUUCUACCCCGCCGCCGCCAACUACGGGUACUCGCCAAACUACGUCGCUGACAUGAGCUACAACGCGAAGCUAGGCCACGGUGCAGCGGCGCCUGGCGCGGGCGGGGCGUACAUGCAGCCGCAGGGGCACUUCUCGUACCCGGCGGCGGCGCAGGGAGGCAUGAUCGCUCACAACGGCGGCAUGAUGCCCGUCUACCCCUACUACCACUAUCAGUACCACGGAUCGCAGGGCCUCGGCGUGCCGGCCGCGCACUUCUUCCCGCCGGUCUCCGCUGCCGCCAUCCCCACCGUGCCCGCCAUCAUCUCCAAGCCCCCCGUCAUGGUGCCUCCCAAAGUGGAGCAGGUGGCUGGGUGCAGCUGAAGGCACGGUGACGUCCGUCCGCCGUGCGCAAGAAUUAAAAGGCGGGGGCCAAAUUAAGGUGCUCGAUCUAUCUGUCUGAUGAUGAUUAUAGCAAGCUGGAUCCACAAGAAGAAACGGGCUCGUCCAGUUGUGGGUCUAAACCUGCCUUGCCGCCGAUUACAUUCGUUCAAUUCCAUCUAACUCCGCCGCGUGUGCCCAUGGGGUGGGCGCGCGCCCAGCAAAGUCUGUAACAAACAUUCAAUUAGUCGCUCGCUCUCUCUCGUUUACCAACGUAUUUUCAACGGUAAACCCCUUCCUUUUUCAAAGUGUCUCUAGUCCGAUCGCUGCAGGGGACAGUGAAACCUGAAUAAAAAUCGUCGUAAUCUUUCGUCA